AUGGGUUUUCCCUCAAGCCCACAAAUACAGCUCCUCUACUUUGGGCUCUUUGCUGUAACCUACACACUGACACUGAUGGGGAACACAGCCAUUGCCUGUGCUGUGUGGACAGACCGGUGUAUUCACACUCCCAUGUACAUCUUCCUGGGGAAUUUCUCUCUCCUGGAAAUAUGCUAUGUCACCACAACUGUCCCGAACAUGUUGGUCAACUUCCUCUCCACAACAAAGUCUAUUUCCUUUGUCAGUUGUUUUGCACAGUUCUACUUCUUCUUCUCCUUUGGGUGUGAUGAGGGCUUCUACCUUUGCAUCAUGGCCUUUGACAGGUACCUUGCCAUCUGCUGCCCUCUGCACUACCCACAGAUCAUGACGAGGAGGUUAUGCACUGGUCUGGUCAUCUUUGGAUGGACAGGUGGGUUAAUUUUGUUCAUAACUCCAGCUGUUCUUAUUUCACACUUGCCUUAUUGUGGCCCAAAUGUCAUCAACCAUUUCGUGUGUGAUCCUGUUCCAUUGAUGAUGCUGUCCUGUUCUGAAGACUCCACCACACAGUUCAUUUACUCUACUUUCAAUGUCAUCUUCAUGAUUGGUACUUUCCUCUUUGUCCUUUGUUCUUAUGCUCUGGUGAUUCUGGCUGUGUUAAGGAUGUCCUCAGCAGCUAGCAAACACAAGGCCUUCUCUACUUGUGCUUCUCAUCUGGCAGUUGUCAGCAUCUUUUAUGGAUCUAUUAUGGUGAUGUAUGUCAGUCCUGGAUCUAAACACCCAGUUGAAGUACAAAAAUUAUUACUUUAUUUUAUUCUGUGA